AAUUUCGUGCCGAGAAGCAGCACCGACAAAAGAUCGCGGAGACGAUGCGCACAAAAUGAAAGAGGGCCCACCACCUCCCCAGACCCUCGGCUCUUUCGGGGCCUUCCCCCUCUCCUCCCCCUCUCGUUUCAAACCCUACCCCUCCCCCCAAAUCGCAUCGAGAACUCGACCCCUCCCUCCUCAAAAUGGCAAUCAAUUUCCAAUUCUAGGUCAAGUCUAGGGUUUUUGGGCUUCCGUCCACCUCCUCCUCCGUCGUUUAGGGCUUCUUCGUGCUCUGCUCCUCCCCUUUGCAUGGAGGUGGUGGUGGGGGCCCACUGCUCCUGCGGAGGCUCCCGUGACGACGCCCAGCGCCUCUGCACUGCCUGUGCCCGGCCGCGCGCCACCACGGCGGCGGCGGCGGCGGCGGCGAUGGUGGAUGGGGGCGACGGGUUGGGAGGGAGAGGCGUCGCCGUGUACAUUCCGAGGUUGAUCUCCGGGGCGAUCUCCGGAGCUCUCACGGGUCUCUUCGCCCUAGCUGGAGCUUUCACUGGAGCUGUUACUGGUGCCUUGGCUGGCAGAGCCUCUGAUAGUGGUGUCUUUCGUGGUGCCGGUUUAGGAGCGGUCGCCGGAGCUGUCCUUUCUAUGGAGGUUUUAGAAGCUUCCCGUGCCUAUUGGUGCUCAGAACGAUCUGGCUCCCAGCAUACAUCCUCCAUGGCAGAUUUUAUAGAAGAGCUCCUUCAUGGUCGGUUUGUACAAGAACAAUUUGCACCGGCAGUAUUUACGGCAUACCGCUGGCAGGUAAGCAUCUCAGACCUUGGGCAGGAUGAUACAUAUGAUAUUUUUGGUGAGAUCGGAUCCAAAGGGCUAUCUAGCGAGUCACUGAAGAAGUUACCGCACUAUGUAAUCACUGAUGAGAAAAGGGAUUCCUGUGGUGAGAACAUAUCUUGCACCAUUUGUUUGCAGGAUAUCAUGACAGGGGAGACUGUGCGGAGGUUGCCUCUGUGUUCUCAUACUUUUCAUCUGUCUUGCGUGGACAAAUGGCUUGCUGGGCGUGGGUCAUGCCCUGUAUGCAGGCAGGAUGUGUAGGAAAUCUGUCUAUUUAGUUGUUGGAAGUGUGGAUCUAUGCAUCUCAACUUAGGUCAAAGAUCAUAUAUGUACAGGUUCCCCCUUUGUUGUAUAGAUAUUUGUACAGUAGCGAUCCUUUUAUCUGAGUAAAUGUCAUCUUCAGAUGACUUGAACAUUUUAUUAUCAUAAAGUGCAGUAUCGUCGCUUAGAUGGUGCGAGUGGCUUGUAUAUUCUGUGAAGAUAUUUGAUGGAUGAGAAAUGCAUUUUCCGUGGCUAAAGUUGGAUGAAGCUACUUUUUUCAGAUUUUUUGCUAGCCUAUUGUUGGGGAGGAUAUAUACAUCGAAGUUGAAGUGUUUCCCUGGUGUUGUUAUAUUGUGAUUCUCA